AUGCGCUUCGGUACAGUCUCCGAGCCGCAGACGCUUCCAGCGGAACGACGAUCGGAAGUGAAACGACCAGCAACGUGGCGCAUGUCGCCGUCCAGCAUCGCAGCUGCGGAAAAACGCCUCGGAAACAUGACCAGCAACGUCGUCAGUCACGUAUGCUGUGCAUCUGUGCUUCCCGUGCCGUUGCGGGACACCAGCGUCCGGCACGCAUCUGGAACCUUCUGCGCCGUCAUCACCCAAACGAGUUUCACACAUUCUGUGUCGAACCGAGAUUCCGGAUCAGCUCGGUCGCCAGAUAUCGUCCUCAAGGUCGUUGGCGAUGAUAGCGUCGUGACAGUUGUUGAAACGCAUCCGCGAAGCAAGCGAGUACAAGCGUCUCAGCUCAGCGGCCAGGAACGGUUUACUCUCAGCAAACCCCAGAUGCAAAGGCGUCUUGAAGCAGACAGCCGAGGUCAAGACGACCCAAGACGGCGCUUCGUUCGGCCGGCCUUUCCUCAGAACAGAUGUCAGUCUUGA